AUGCAGAUUGAGAAUGCCCUGAGUAGUGAGAGCACAAGCAUAAGUGUCUUGGAGGCACAAAUAAGGUCUGUUGAAGACCAAAUAACUGGAGAGCACAAUAUGGCCCAUUGUCUAGUAGAUGUAAAUACAACUCUAAACACAAUUCCUAUUGAUUUAACUACAAUAAAGGAGGAAGAGAAUAAAGGAGCAAAGAUACCACCUCCAGUUGAGGAGGAAGAGAAUAAGGGAUUAAAGACACCACUUCUAGUGGAGGAGGAAGAGAAUAAGAGAGAAAAUACACCACUUCUAGUUGAGAAGGAAGAUAAGAGAAAAAUGGAGCAAAAGACACCAUCCCCAACUGAGGAGGAAAAUAAUAAGGGAGCAAAGACACCAACUACAUAUGAGGAGGAAGAGAAAAACCCCGCGCCCCCCCCCGCCGGGCGUUCUCUCCAGUCCGCUGGCCUCACAAACGUCCUUUACCACCAACUCGACAUCCGCGAUCCCCUCAGCGCCGCAACUCUCGCCCGAUUCCUACAAGAUCGCUUCGGCAAGCUCGACAUUCUAGUUAACAACGCUGGAGCUUCGGGAGCUAUUGUCGACGUCGAAGGCCUCAAAGCCCUAAACAUCGAUCCAGUUUUGUGGCUCUCGGGCAAGGCUACUAAUCAGGUGAAAGGAGUGAUAGAGCACACGCACGAGAACGCAGUGUCAUGCCUCGACACAAACUACUUCGGUUGCAAGAGAGUGACGGAGGCUCUCCUCCCCCUCCUCCGCCUCUCACCCUCCGGUGCUAGAAUCGUCAAUGUGUCAUCUCUCAGAUCAGAGCUCAGGAGGAUUCCGAACGAGAGUAUCCGUGCGGAAAUAUCGGAGGUUGAGAAGCUGGACGAGGAGAGGAUCGAGAAAGUGUUGGCGAGAUUUCUGGAUGAUUUGAAGGCGGGAAGGUUGGAGGUGGGCGGCUGGCCGAUGAUGCUGCCGGCGUACAGCAUGUCGAAGGUGGCGGUGAACGCUUACACGCGAGUGAUGGCGAGGAGGUACCCGGAGAUGCGUAUCAACUGCGUGCAUCCUGGAUUUGUGAAGACAGAUAUCAACUGGAACACCGGAGUGGAGACGACAGAGGAGGGGGCUAGAGGGCCGGUGAUGCUUGCUUUGCUGCCGCCCGGCGGGCCGUCCGGCCGCUACUUUGAUAAGACCGACAUGGUUGACUUCUGAGAUGUUGCGUUGCUGUUCAACUCGAUGAUUUUUUUCUUUUUCUGUUUUUUUUUUCUCCUCAAAAUUUUUCUGAAUUUUCUGUUUUUAAAGUUUUCUAAUCCAUGAUUAGAGUUAGGAAUGGUCUUUGAUUUAUGAAGUAUGCCACACUGAGUUCCCUCCUAAAAAGAGAAAUAUCGAAUGUUCGGACAAUCAAUCAUCGAUAGUCAUGUCGUCAUAUGCAUCAUUGGCAGGCGACGUGACCGUCUGGAAUUGAUCAUUUGCACGUGCGGAUGUGCGGAUGUGCGGAUGUGCGGAUUUGCGGAAAGGGCUUUACAAAUCUACCAUAAACAUCUCAAUUUUGGCUAUCCAAACUUUAAUUUUUAGGUCUUAUAUUUUUUAUUUAGUUUGGCGAUCUGUUCUUAAAAUUCUAAGUUUGAGCGGUUGAUACCUUGAUACAUAAAAAUUGGGUGAAGGCAUGUAAAUCUCCCUUUUUAAU